AUGGGCAUUCCUCACCUCAUCACCACCCUGGAGAGCUAUGCCUCACACGAGAUCCUCCAGCGCCAGGCCGUGGUCAUCGAUGGCCCAGCGCUAGCCUACCAUGUCCUCCACCUCUGCAGGCUUCAGGGGGCGAGGCAGCCGUCGUACAGCCUCCUCAGUCAAGUGGUCAUUGAGUGGCUGGAUCGUCUAGAGGAUCAGCAAGUCACCAUUCGAGCCAUAUACUUUGAUGGCUACCUGCCAACGGACAAGUACCCAGUCCGCAUGGAGCGGGUAAUGAGAACAACCUCCCGGCUCAGCUUAUUAUACUCCUCCUAUACCACGGGCUGUCCUCGCAGGCACGUCGUUCCCAUAGACGACCUUAGUGACGACCCGCCUCGUCUUGGGCUAUCGGCAGACAAGAUCUCCCAGGACCCGAGCUUUGUCGUACCGGCAAUCAUCGAUGCCCUCCGCGGCAAUCCUCGAUACCGGGAGAAAUGCUUCAUGGUACCGGGAGAAGCUGACGCCUACUGUGCUUCAGACGUCGCCAAGCAUGGCGGCACUAUACUGACAGGCGACUCCGACUUGCUAGCCCAUGAACUUGGCAACGGCAAAGUAGUCUUCUUCCGAGACAUCCACGAGAAUGCCAGCUCGAAGUUGGCAUGCACCAUCUAUGCCCCCCGGGCCAUCUACACAAAGCUAGGACUGCCAAAGUCUGUCGAGGCAUGUCGGCUGGGGUACGAGCGAUUGCACUCCCCUCAUGCAACGCUCCCCAUGCUGUUGAAGGCUUGCUCAAAGCCUAUAUCAGACGCUGUGGGCUAUGAUCAGUUCCGCCAGCAAUACGUUUCCCACGAAGAGGCAUCGAUCCCUCGACUGGUGGGCGGCGGCUUGCUCCCAUUGAGUGCUCUCGAUCCGAGAGUUUCAGAGCUCCUCCUUCAGAUCAGAGAGGCAACCACAACGAAAGGCGUUUCAGAAAGAGCCAAGAUGUUUCUUCCUUUGUUGAUUGAGAAUCCCAACAAGGGAACCUCUUGGGACGCCAGCGCGCACGUCCGAAGGUUGGCCUACACAGUAGCAAGCCGGUAUCUUGCCGGCCACCGCGCCUCAUCAGUCGAAGAGUAUAGAAGGGUGCAGAAUAUCAACCAAAAAGGGCGAGACAUCCCCCUACUAUCCAGCGCUGAGGCGAAUGAAGCCGCCCUCGAGCUAUUAGACCUCAUAAAGCGAGUCAGAGAAACUGGAGUGCCGCAGCACCAUCAAUGGACGCUGCUGUGCAUUAUCCUGGACAUCACAGAAUGCAGCCAGCAAGGCAAAAGCUCACACGCCUUGGCCACACUCCAACAAAAAAGCAGCCGCCCUCUGACCGCCGCCGGGGACAAGAUCCCAUGGGAUACGGUUCACUUCAGCGCGCACAUUCAAGCGGGAAUGUAUUCGCUUCGCAUCCUGAGCCAAGUCCUCGCUGCCACAAUGGCACAGAACACCAGCACGGACGAGUUGGCACUUAAUCUGCUUCAGAUCCGCAAGGCUUUGUCGGAGCUGCCUCCUCUCACCGAGUUUCCGGAUGUUUGUGUGCUCUCCGACUUCUUGGCCGCGUCCGAGGAGCUUCAUAUAUUGCGCAUUCUGGCUCAGUUCAUUGACUUUGAGGAGGCGCCUUCUCUAGGUCUUGAACAGUCACACACAAAACGCGAGGGGAAAAAGUCCAGCAAGCGGGCAGGGGAGUCAAGUGGCAGCAAUAAAAUGCCCAGCAAGAAGCCAAACAAUACAACUGGCAAUGGAGGCAACAUGUUCAGUGCUCUCUCUAUAGAUAUAUAG